UUUUCCAUGAGAGAACGGAAGUGUGAAGGUCAAGGUCAUUACGGAAAGUUGCUUGGAAAGGGUCGUUCUUCGGAAAAUAUUACUGUCUAAAAAUCAAAAAUUUAAGUGUAGGGAUUCGAUUUCAAAAUAAAAGAUAUUCGGAAAUUAGUGGAAAAUAGUUCUUAUAAAAGUUUGUGAACAGUACAAAGUUGUGUGUAUUAUUUCAAGUUGAGAUUACGCUGGAUUUGUAUUUGGACUAAAAAAUUUCUCAAACUCUGAUGGCCGAAAUGGCCGAGACAAAUCAGUUGUCUUUGCAAAUGAAAACAUUGAAACGAGCACAAGAAUUGUCUCGUGUUAAAGCUGGGAAAGCCAGCGAAACACCGGGAAAUCCGGAAAACGGCGAAAUGCCUACCACGGACUGCGAAAUGCAGCAAAAUAAUGAAUUGGACAACGUGGGAAAUCCCGGCUCGCCAGAACGAGGCUCAGAGCACGAGGCUGGGCCGUCACGGUAUUUAGACAUGACCGGAAGCGGCGAUUUGUGGGGAAAGAUCUCCAAUAUGGAGGAAAGUUUCCGGAAAAGGGAAGAGGCACAAACGGAAAUACUGGCAAACAUUGUGUUAAAUGUCGCGAAAAUGCAGCAGACACUUGACAAGGAGAAAAAUCAAUCUCCUGAUGCUGGCGAAUUAAUAAAUGCUAAUGAGGAAGACGAGUUGGACGGCUUAUUAAACGGAGGGACACACGAUGUUUCCGAGGAUAUGAGUUCCGAUUUUUUGUCGGAUCUGGUGAAUGACUAUGAAAAGAAAACGGUUUUUGGUCCAUGCGUAAAUGAAACUCUUGGGAAAUUAGUAUCAAAUGCAGUAGAUAACGGUAUGUCGGAGGAGGACGAUAAAAAACUAUGUGAAAAGUACUUAGUACCAGAAAACUGCCAAGUGUUGAGAGUUCCAAAAGUUAACCGGGAGCUUUGGAAUGCUUUCAAAUUAAAGCGUGCUGCGGAUUUGGCACUUCAGACCUCUCAAAAAUAUCUGAGUUUGGCAAUGGUGCCCGUAAUCAAGUCCAUCGAAGUGUUGAUGGAAAAAGGGGACGUCCAACAGGUGAAAGAUCUAACUAAAGACACCUUCAGAUUGUUGUCACAAGGGCUUAACGUUACAAAUAGAAAACGGCGAGCCCUUAUUAGGCCGGCCAUCCCAGCAAAGUAUCAGAAGGUGUGUGAGGGGGAAGGGCCAACGUCUGAAUUUCUGUUUGGGGAAGAUCUAGAUCAAAAGGUUGAAAAUUGCGAAAAAGAGGAGCGGAGAUCCCAAAAGCUAGGGGGGCAUCAAGGCAAUCACAAAUCAACCUCUUUUUUAGGGCAACGCAACCAGAAAGGGAACAGAUACCACCCGUAUCCCCACAAACAGAUGUAUCAUCAAGGAAAACAAUAUCCGACUUUGGGUCGAAACAGCAAUCGGGGGAAAUCCCCAGCUCAAAGAGGACAAUAUUACAGGAAGAAAUAACUUAUGAUCAGUCACUGUAUCCAGAAAAUAAUUCUGGACAAAGUGGAAACAGCAUUGCUGAUUGCUCCAUUAUGGCCGACGCAGGUAUGGUUCAGCGAACUGUUACAACAAAUUU